AUGAAAUUCUUCAUCCUAACCGCAGCAGUCGUCCUAGCCGUCGCCCAGGCACGGCCAGACUCCUUCGAUGCCCAGGCCGAACUGCGUGAGUUCAAAAGCGACCUAAAGGAGGACGGCAGCUACGAGUAUCGGUUUCAGACCUCGAACGGCAUUGCCCAACAGGAACAGGGCGCGGGCGGUCACUAUGCGAGCGGCUCAUCGGCGUACUACAAUCCCGAUGGUCAGCUUAUUCAAUUGACGUACACGGCUGAUGAGAACGGCUUCCAUCCACAGGGCGCUCACCUGCCCACGCCUCCACCGAUUCCGGCUGCCAUACUCAGAUCGCUGGAAUAUAUUCGCACCCAUCCGCAGAAGGAUCAGCGACAGGGUCAUGUACGCUUCUAA